AUGGACCAAUUGGCCGACAUGCUAACGAAGGCUCUGGGGACCAAGCGACUGAACUAUUUGAUACAAGCAAGCUGCAUUGGACCCAAGGGCAUUUAG